CAAGAAAAAUGGGUUUGGCACUUCCAUUAAUGCUCUCUAAGAGCUUAAUGUUGUCGUCCUUUUUGCUGAUGCAGCUCCUUCUGCAGCUUUCUAUAAUCCCAAGCAUAUCAGCAGCGAUGACAGCUCCUUGGCCGAUGGCUUUGCCAGGAUGCCCUGACAAGUGCGGCAACAUCAGCAUACCUUACCCUUUCGGUAUUGGGCCCAACUGUUUCCGCAUAGACGUCUACGAGAUUUAUGAAGAGCCUUACCAAAUCACAUGCAAUAACAGUUUCAGCCCGCCGAAAGCUUUCCUGCAAACAGGCAACGUCGAGGUGAUCGACAUCUCCAUCUCUCCAGCUGAAGUACGUGUGUACAAUUCGAUAGCCCGCAAUUGCAUAAAAAAGAGGUCGGUGGACAGUUUCUCCGCAAGCAUCACUAUUCACAUGCCUUUCCGGUUCUCAAACAGGCGGAACAAGUUCACCGCGCUUGGCUGUUACACCCUCGCGUACUUUGUGGGUGAGACCGAGCAACAUUUCAGCAGUGGGUGCGCCUCAUUUUGCGACAGUCUGGAAAGCACAACAAAUGGCUCAUGCGCAGGAAUAGGCUGUUGCCAGACAGCUAUACCGAAGGACGUGAACAAAUUCGAGAUGCAGUGGGGAUUCAAGACCAACCCGGUGUCGAAUGUCACUCCCUGUAGCUAUGCGAUGUUGGUAGAGGACGAAUGGUACGAUUUUACUUCAUCCGACCUCUUGAGAUUUGAUUCAAAAAACAAGAAUGGGGUCCCUGUGGUGCUGGACUGGGCCAUCGGGGACCUUACGUGCCAGGUGGCAAAAGGGAAGCAGAACUACGCGUGCCGUAGUAAGAACAGUGACUGCUACGAGUCAGCCAUUGGGGUAGGCUAUCUCUGCAAUUGCUCAAAGGGCUACAAGGGUAAUCCCUAUCUCGACAACGGAUGCAUAGAUAUCAAUGAAUGUGAGCAUCCGGAUCAGUACCCUUGCCAUGGGAAAUGCACCAAUACACCAGGGGGUUAUAACUGCACA